AACAAUAUAACAUCAACUCUCCCUGCGAAUCGCCAUUCCAUCUCCCUACAUCGCGUAACGUCUCCAUUCUAUAUCAUCGAUUCCCCAUACCCCUUGACUGGCGCUCCCUCUUGGCUUGUCUUCUGUGUUUUUCCUCUGGCACACAAGGCGGCUGACACUGUUUCCGAAUUUUCCCUCUAAUAAACCCCUCUCUCAUCAACGAAAAUGGCGGCCCCACCCACCUUCAAGCUCGUUCUCGUUGGAGACGGCGGCACUGGCAAGACCACCUUCGUAAAGCGCCAUCUUACUGGUGAAUUCGAAAAGAGAUACAUUGCUACCCUGGGCGUUGAAGUCCACCCCCUCAACUUUCAGACGAAUCUGGGGCCUAUCCGGUUCGAUGUGUGGGAUACUGCCGGACAAGAAAAGUUCGGUGGCCUGAGAGAUGGUUACUAUAUUAACGGCCAGUGUGGUAUCAUCAUGUUCGAUGUCACUUCCCGCAUUACCUACAAGAACGUCCCGUCUUGGCAUCGUGACCUCGUUCGCGUUUGUGAAAAUGUACCCAUCGUCCUCUGCGGCAACAAGGUCGACGUCAAAGAGCGGAAAGUGAAGGCCAAGACUAUCACUUUCCACCGCAAGAAGAACCUCCAAUACUACGAUAUCUCUGCUAAAUCCAACUACAACUUUGAGAAACCUUUCUUGUGGCUCGCAAGAAAGCUCGUUGGAAACCCUGGCCUGGAAUUCGUUGCCGAUAUUGCCCUUGCACCACCCGAGGCAACUGUUGACCCGGCUGCGAUCGCUGCAGCCGAAGAGGAAAUGAGGCAAGCCGCCCAGAUGCCUCUUCCUGACGAGGAUGAUGCCGAUUUUUAAAUCAGAAGCAAAUCAAAAUAUACAUGCUGUAAUGGAUAAAUACGCAAGGAAUAUAUUGGGAGGAAAUGGAAAGUUUCAAUACAGAUGUGUGCUCAUAAAACGAGAAACCUUGCGAAGUAUUUGAAAGGUGAAAAUGGAAAAUAAUAUAUGAAAAGUUCUACGUGGUAAUGAAUUCUGUGGCAGGAUGCAAAGAAGCGCUGUGAAGGGAAGAGAGAAAGAGAGGGGGGAGUUGAAGGUCCAUGGAUGCAGAUGACCAAGCGUGGUUGAAGAAAACUAUUAAAGAAACAAUACAAUAAACCAGAGUGUUGAUGGGUGGGCCAUGAGUGGGCAACCUCAGGGGUUGAAGAAAGCCAAGGGAAAAGAGAUGUUACUACUGUAUCCUCUCUUUUUUGAAGAUUCUUUUGUCUCAUUCCUCCCGCCUUAUCUUUUUUGUUUUUCAUGAAUCUUUUUAAAAUGUCCUACCAAACCAUUCUCCAUGUUUUCCCCUUCCUAUCCGAAGUAGUCCAUCUAUUUAUUUAGACAUCACCAUUUGAAGCCUUCAUUCUUUCCUAAGUU